AUUCCCAACCCUGGCGCCGGCUGAGCGGCACAAGACAUUCAACGGGUUCCGACACCCAGGGACCGAGCGACCCGCCCCCCCCUUUUUUUCCCUCCUUUUUCCUUUGUUGUUCACUUUCACCGUGGGGAGGCAGGUGUGGCGGGUGGUCAAUGUCGCACCUGUCAAUGAAAAGUUGUUUCUAGGCCCUCAGCCUCUGCUCCCAAGCUGACUUAUCAAGGGGACAUCCGUAUCUGAGGUUAAAAAAAAAGCCCCUUGCUGAGAAUCACGUGGCUCACUCUACUUAUCACAAAGGUCCCGUUGCAGCCUGGUUCAUUGGACUGCAGAUGGCUUGUAUUGGUCCAAGUGGGUUCCAGCAUCACGAGCCAUAGUGGCACAGAUGUUGGUAACCUUGAUCCAAGCGGUGAUGACCAAGAGAAAAAGGUGUUUGUGAUGUGUUAUUUGCGGUCUGCAAAGUGGUUUGCUGGGCAGGCGGGGUAUUUGCUCGGCAGCGGGUCGCGGCUCCGCCCGAGAACCCGGUCGGGAGACACGGACGGUGAAGUCUGGUUGGGAGUUGUACUGAGCACCCCAUCCCGGUUGGGCUUUUCUCGGUUGCCUGUUGAUAGCCGUGAGACUGAGCCACAAGGCCAGAAACGUAGCCGAGAGCCCGUCAUGCACACGAUGCCGUGCUCUGGAGUCAGUGCGAGAAGCAAACGGGGACGGGGGUUGGUGGACGGGAUGAUGUUGCGGUAAAGUUCGCCCGAAUAGGCUUCCAAGUGGAGGAGAAAACCUGCGACUCCGGGUGUGACAGACGACGGCUGGAUCAAGCUUACAUGGCUAGACGAACAUAUGUGAAACUAGGGCCAC